AUGGAAAGUCAAAAUCAUCAACUCUUUUCUGCUGACAUUAUCGAUUACUCUAAUAUUGAAAAUUCUUAUAAUACUUUCGCGGGUAAUCAUCAGAUUCAACUGGUAUUCAAUAAUAAUGGCCCUUCUAUGUCUGAAAUAGACAAUAAACCGAUUUUAUUGUCGCCAGUCGAAUUGAAUGAUGUUAAUCAUCAUCAAUUUCAGCAACCUCAAUUUUGUUGUCCACCAAUGGGAACUUUAAACUUCUUUGAAGGUCAUCAUAACUCCCAAAUUAUGUUGCCCAACCAAACAAACAGCUCCUCUUCUUCUUCUUGCACUUCUUCACCAAUCAAUGCCCCAACAUCUCUCAUAACCAUAAAUACUUCAAGUAUUAAUAAUGCCAAUGUUGCUCCUAAUAGUAUCUUGAUUCGACAAUUCCCCUCUCCUCCUACGUCUCCAUCAUCCGAAAAACAAUUGUCAGUCGUCGCUCAAUCUCCUGCCAUUAAACACGAGACAAAUAUUGAUGAAGAUUAUGAAAAAGAAAUUGCUGAAGAUGGUACUUACAUUAAACAAGAACAAGAUGAUACCAUUAUUAGUAAUCUUACUAAUGACGACAGCGAUGAUAGUAGUAAUCAUCGCCAUCAACAACAAUUAGACUUUUUAUCCAUCAAUCCUAAACAACGCAACAGAAUUAUUAAAAGAAGAUUUGCACGUGAAAGAUUCGAAAAAAAGCAUGGAUUCUCUAAGCAAAGAAAGCCUUAUAUUCAUGAAUCUCGCCAUGUACAUGCUGUAAGAAGACCUC